CGCGCCCCCUUCAUUUGAACGGAGUCGGGCGGAGAGAGAGGUCCGCGCGCGCACCAAUGACCUCACGGCCAAUUUGAGGAGUAAACUGACGAUUUUUUUUUUGGAAAACGGGACUUUAACCUUCUGGGAUUUUAAUUUCUCCAUCCCCUCCUCUCGCACUGGAUGUUGUCCUUGAUUUUUUCAUGUUUCUCUUAUCGUUAAAUUAGCCUCUGUGAGAUCUUUAGCCUGCAACCUUCUUCUUUUUUUUCUCCACAGCUAGCAUAAAACCACACCUGGCUCAGGUCUCAUGUAGACGGUCUUUAUCCUCUUUAUGCAGAUAUGUUAGCUAAGCUCGUCUAUUUUUUUUUUUAGCUCGGUGGUUUAAAGACACAUUAAAAACAAUGUGAUUCAGUCUCCCAUCAGAUGAGGUAACCCAGCCGUUGUCAUCUCAAACAGCUGUGUGGUGUCGAAGAUUCUGGAUUAACGUUUAUUUUUUUAAUUUAUUUUUUUAAAUCUUCUUCCUGGAACAUCCUCCAGAAACCACGGACCCGCUUUUCUCUUCUUCUUCAGUGGUGCAAAAAUGAGCGUCGAUUUAAUCGAAUCAACUACAUGAGCGGAUCCAAAACAAAACACACGUCCUUCUCCCCGGGAGUGAACCUUCUUUAAAACGGCGCCGGUUUGCCCUGAAAAAGAAGAAGAAGAAGAAGAUGGAAAGCGAGGUUUUCACCCCUCUGCUGGAGCAGUUUAUGCUCACGCCUCUGGUGUGCUGGGUGAAGACAGCCGGCCAGGCCUCUUUGACCGAUGGCACCCAACUGUCGGAAUAUAUUGAGUUAGUGGAUGGGAUUUACCUGAACGAGAUCAUGCUGGAGAUAAAUCCUAAGGCCACUGUGCAGAGGACCAACAAGAAGGUGAACAAUGACCCGACACUGCGCAUCCAGAACCUCUCUAUUCUCAUCAGGCAGGUUAAAGGCUACUACCAGGAUACCCUCCAGCAGCUGGUGAUGAUGCCUCUUCCAAACGUGCUGGUACUCGGCCGCAACCCUCUGUCUGAGCAAGGUCUGGAGGAGAUGAAAAAACUGUUGCUGCUGCUACUGGGCUGCGCGGUGCAGUGCGAGAAGAAGGAAGAAUACAUCGAGGGUAUCCAGACUCUGGACUUUGACUCAAAAGCUGCCAUAGCAUCCCACAUCCAAGAGGUGACUCAUAAUCAGGAGAACGUAGUGGACCUGCACUGGCUGGAAAGUGGCGAAAUGCCUGCAGAGGACCUGGACAGCCUCUCCAGAAACCUGGCUUUCCACCUCAAACGCCUGGUGGACGACAGGGACACGCAGCUGGAGACGAUAGUGGAGUUGACUCAGGAGAGAGACUGCGUGCAGCUGUCCCCACUGGCUCCCUGUCCCACCCAGUCUCCCGGAGACUCCCCCAGUAUGAGGAGGACCGAAAGCCGCCAGCACCUCUCUGUGGAGUUGGCUGAUGCCAAGGCCAAGAUCCGCCGGCUUCGACAGGAACUGGAGGAGAAGAGCGAGCAGCUUUUGGACACCCGGCAGGAGCUGGAGAACAUGGAAGUGGAGCUCAGGAGGCUUCAGCAAGAGAGCUACCAGUUGGUGUCGGACGCUCGAUCGGCGCGGGCCUACCGCGACGAGCUGGACGCGCUCCGAGAGAAAGCGAUCCGCGUGGACAAACUGGAGAGCGAGCUGAGCCGAUACAAGGAGAGGCUUCACGACAUUGAGUUCUACAAGGCCAGGGUGGAGGAGCUGAAAGAGGACAACCAGGUCCUGUUGGAGACAAAGAGCAUGCUGGAGGAGCAGCUGGAUGCGACCCGGAGCCGCUCCGACAAACUGCACCUUCUGGAGAAAGAGAGUCUGCAGCUCAAAUCAAAGAUCCAUGACCUGGAGAUGGAGCGGGACAUGGAUCGUAAACGUAUGGAGGAGAUCUUGGAGGAGAACCUUGUGCUUGAGAUGGCCCAGAAACAGAGCAUGGACGAGUCCCUGCACCUGGGCUGGGAACUGGAGCAACUGGCCAAGACGCCGGAACUGACUGAAGCCCCUCAGAAGUCGUUGGGCGAGGAGGUGAAUGAGCUGACCUCCAGCCGUCUGUUGAAGCUGGAGAAAGACAACCAGACCCUGAUGAAGACUGUGGAGGAGCUCAGAGGAGCAGCCAGUCAUGACACGGUGACACACAAACUAUCAAAAGUCAACCUGGAAAACCAGAGACUCAACCAGAAAUUGGAGCAGUUGGGGAGCGAACUGACAGCAGACAGAGAGUCCCUGCUGAGCGCUGAAUCACUCAGUACUGACCUGAUGAAGGAGAAGGCUCUACUGGAGAAGACUCUGGAAACACUCAGAGAAAACUCAGAGAGACAGCUGAAGGGCCUGGAGCAGGAGAACAAGCACCUGAGCCAGACGGUGACGUCUCUGCGCCAGCGCUGCCAGGUCGGAGCUGAGGCCCGGGUCAAGGACGUGGAGAAAGAGAAUCGCGUUCUCCACGAGUCCAUCUGCGAGACAACCGCCAAACUCAAUAAGAUAGAGUUUGAAAGGAAACAACUUCGCAAGGAGCUUGAAGUAGUGAAGGAGAAAGGCGAGCGGGCUGAGGAGUUGGAGGUCCAGAUGCAGAAGCUGGAAAGGGUCAACGAGAGCCUGCAGAAGAAAGUAUCCAGUCUAGGAAUCACCUGUGAAAAGGUGUCUUCUUUGGAGAAGGAGAACUCAGAUCUGGAGGCGGAAGGCCGCCAUCUGAAGAAGAAGCUGGACACUCUGAAGAACAUGACCUUCCAGCUGGAAGCUGUGCAGAAGGAGAACUCCCAGCUGGAGAAGGAAAACCUGGAACUCCGGCGCUUGGCCGAGAGCCUCCGGUCGGCGGGCGCUAAGGCCGCUCAGCUGGAGGCCGAGAACAGGGAGCUGGAGAGCGAGAGGAGCCAUUUGAAGCGCAGCAUGGAGCUGCUCAAAGCCUCAUCCAAAAAGACUGAGAGAUUAGAGGUGAGUUACCAGGGCCUAGAUACAGAGAACCAGCGCCUGCAGAAGGCUUUAGAGAACAGCAGCAAAAAGAUUCAACAGUUGGAGGAAGAGCUGCAAGAGGUGGAGACUGAGAACCAAAGCCUCCAACGCAACCUGGAAGAGCUCAAGAUCUCCAGUAAACGCCUGGAGCAGCUGGAACAAGAGAACAAGAUUCUGGAGCAGGAAAGCUCGCAGCUAGAGAAAGACAAGAAGCACCUGGAGAAGGAGAACAAGCGGCUGAGGCAGCAGGCCGAGAUCCGCGACUCCAAGCUGGAUGACGACAACCAGCGGAUCUCCUGCUUGGAGAAAGAGAAUCGGACCAUGGGCAAAGAGAUGAUCUUCUUCAGGGACUCCUGCACCAGGGUCAAGGACCUGGAGAGAGAGAACAAGGAGCUGGUCAAACUGGGCACCAUUGAUAAGAAGACCCUCAGCACACUCAGAGAGGAGCUUGUGAGUGAGAAGCUGCGUACUCAGCAGUUGAAUAACGAUCUGGACAAACUGACCCAUGAGCUGGAGAAGAUUGGACUGAACAAAGAGAGGCUUCUGCACGACGAGAGCUCUGACGACAGGUUCAGGCUCCUGGAGACCAAACUGGAGUCGACUCUGAAAUCGUCUUUGGAGAUUAAAGAGGAGAAGAUCGCCGCCCUGGAGGCCCGACUGCAGGAGUCCUCUAACCUCAACCAGCAACUGCGCCAGGAGCUCAAGACGGUGAAGAAAAACUACGAAGCGCUGCGCCAGAGGGAAGAGGAGGAGAGGAUGGUGCUGAGCUCGCCCCCUAGAGGAGGGGAUGACCCUCAGGCUGUCAGUAAAUGGGAGAACGAGAGUCAUGAAGCCACCAGAGAACUGCUGAAAGUCAAAGACAGACUCAUCGAGGUGGAGAGGAAUAAUGCCACGCUGCAAGCUGAGAAGGCGGCCCUGAAGAGUCAGCUCAAACAACUGGAAACUCAAAGCGCCAACCUGCAGGCCCAGAUAGUGGCCGUGCAGAGACAGACUGCUUCUUUGCAGGAGAACAACACGUCGCUUCAAACGCAGAACGCCAAGCUGCAGGUGGAGAACUCCACCCUGAGCUCAAAGAGUGCGGCCCUCAUGGCCCAGAACGCUCAGCUGCAGAGCCAGCAGAGCAGCGUGGAGGGCGAGCGCGAGGGAGCGCUGAAGGACAAAGAGGAGCUGAGGUCCACCUACGAGCUGCUCCUGCGCGAUCACGAGAAGCUGGCGGCGCUCCACGAGAGGCAGGCGGCCGAGUAUGAAGCCCUGAUCGGAAAGCACGGCGGCCUGAAGACCUCCCACAAGGGCCUGGAGCAGCAGCACAGGGACCUGGAGGACAAGUACAAGCAGCUCAUGCAGAGGAAAGGAGAGCUGGAGGAUCUGGAGAAACAUCUCAAGGAGCAGCAGGAAAAGAUGGCGCUAGAGAAUCAAACACACCAAGCCACAGCUGAUCAGUACAAACUGCUGAAAGAAGAUAAUGAUAGGCUGAAUAAUACCUAUCGUCAGCUGGUGAAGGACAACGACAAUCUCCAGCUGGACCAUAAGAACGUGAAGACUCAGCUGAACAGCGCCAAGCUGGACCAGACUAAGCUGGAGGCUGAAUUCUCUAAACUGAAGGAGCAGUACCAGCAGCUGGACAUCACCUCAACCAAGCUCACCAAUCAGUGCGAGUUGUUGAGCCAGCUCAAAGGAAACCUUGAGGAGGAGAAUCGCCACCUUUUGGACCAGAUCCAGACUCUGAUGCUGCAGAAUCGCACACUGUUGGAGCAAACCAUGGAGAGCAAGGACCUGUUCCACGUCGAGCAAAGACAAUACAUAGACAAGCUGAAUGAGCUGAGGAGACAGAAGGAGAAGCUGGAGGAGAAGAUCAUGGACCAGUACAAGUUCUACGACCCCUCACCUCCACGCAGGCGUGGCAACUGGAUCACUUUGAAGAUGAGGAAGUUGAUCAAGCCGAAGAGCCGGGAGAGGAUGCGCUCUCUCACGCUGACGCCCUCCCGCUCAGAGUCCGGCGACGGUUUCCUGACGUUCCCCCAGGACAGCCAGGACAGCUCGUCCAUCGGCUCCGGGUCCAACUCGCUGGACGACACGCUGACACAAAAGAGGAGCAGCACUUUAAAAAGGUUGCCUUUCAUGAGGAACAGAUCCAAGGACAAAGACAAGGCCAAGGCCAUCUACCGGCGCUCCAUGUCCAUGAAUGACCUGCUGCAGACCAUGGCGGUGGCGGGCGACCCCGACGCCCAAUGGGCGAGCAGCAUCGACAACCUGGACGGCGCCGAGGCCGGGGACGCCGGCGCGGCCGCGAGCAGAGGGCGCAGCGGGCGGCGCAUGAAGGAUCUCGCCCUUUCCACCAACGCCAUCGACUGUGCCGCCCUCACCCUGCCCACGCCCGGGCACCGCAGGGCCAAGCUGCGGCUCCAGGUCAAAGACAAUGCCUCCUGUGAAGACGUUACCGGCUCCUUGGAAGACCCCAAGAGUCACGGCCUGCAGGGGUACAGCAGUGCUCUGUGUCCUUCUCCCGUUGAGCGGAGCGUUCUGUGCAGAGUACCCUGUAGCGUCUGUAACUCAAAACCCACCAGUCUCCAUAGCAACAGGACCAUCAGUAGUAAUAGUAACAAUAACUCCCACCUCACUUCUCCUCUGGAGGGCAAAGGCGCGUUGAACGGCAGCCUCAGCAGGCCUCACAGCGAGAGCAGCGGGGAGUUCAGCCUGAGCUUGGACCAGGAGGUGUGGUCCAGCAGCGGCAGCAGCCCCGUGCAGCAGCCCACCUCCUCGCGCUCCUCCCACCAGAGCCCCCUGCAGCUGCGCAGGGCGCUCGAGCCGUCCGCAGCCGCGGGCGGCGCCGGCCCGACCCAGGCGGCGAAAGCGGGUUCCCCGGUGAGGGAGGUGCUUUCCCUGCAGCAGUUCCUGGAUGAGGGCAUCGAUCCUGCAGAGUCUGGCAGUCAGGAGAACCUCACCGCGGACUCUCCUCGCCUCUCCACCUCCUCCGAGCGCGCGCCCAAAGAGCGCCCAAAGAGCCGAGGCAUACUGCGCUCCUCCAGCGGGAAGGCGGCGCCGGUCGCCUCGGACCGCCCGCCCCGGGUCGCCGGGCAACCGGGUCGCCCCACCCUGCGCAAGGCGGAGAGCACCCGCGUCCGGGGCUCGGCGCCGGUCCGCCCGGGCCUGUCGUCGCAGGGCAAAGCCACGUCGGUGUCGGGGCGCCUGGACCUGGCCUCGUCCACGCUGCCCCGCGCCAGCAGCGUCAUCUCCACCGCCGAGGGCACCACGCGGCGCACCAGCAUCCACGACCUGCUCUCCAAGGACCACCGCCACCCGGUGUCCGUCGACGCGGCUCCUCCCCCCGCCGCCGCCGCCGCCGCCAAGGCCGGGGGGCGCCCCCAGCCGACACCCAGUGAGUACCGCCCCGGCAGCGCCGACCUAAAGGGACCCCUUACCGCCGCCGCCCCCCUGCCAAAGUCACUCAGCCUGCCCUGCCGUAGCUCGGAGGAUCCAGACCUCUCCACCCUGGAGUCCUUCCUGGGCCCCUCCUUCACCGCCGAGUCCGUCUUCAUGGACUCCAUCUUUAGUGAGUCGCUGGGCAAACACCACCCCUUCCUGUCUCUGAACCCCACCCUAGUCAGCAACAUCAGCGGGCCUCCGGUCACAAAUAAAACACACACCCCUCCUCCUCCUAAAACCCCAAACCAGGAUGCUUUCAGCCAAUCAAACGGCCCGGCCAGCGGGGGCGCCGAUCCGGGUUGUGUGAAUAACGAGGACGAGUCCCUGAGCCCAGAGGACAAGCAGUCCCUGUGGUACGAGUACGGCUGUGUGUGAGUGACGGGUCGGGUUCUGGCUCGCCGGUACCAAACCCUGCCCUAAAGGAGGAGGAACUCCUCUGCAUGUAUUUAUUGGAGCACUGUCGCUCCGCGUGGUGCAUUUGUUUGGUGCUUUUCUGUUUGUCACGGUGCCGAUUGGUGGAUUCCUUUUUGGUUUUUCCUUGUUUUGCUUUGUUCUUCCUCCUGAGGCGGUACUUUGAUGAAUGUUUCUUUCAUCCGUCGGCCAUGUUUUUUUUUGUUUUGUUUCCUCAUCAUGUCUACACUAACACUACACUAUUAUCUGCAGCUCUCUGGGGCCGUUGUGUCACAGUAUUUCUGUCUGUGGCUUCAAACAGUGAGCGGCGAUAAUGGAGGAUCCAUUCAAACAAAAACCUGGUUUCUGGGUGACUGGGUGUCUUUUUCACUGCCUCUUUAACUCUGUUGCAUCACCCACUAAAGCUGCAUGACUUUGUUCUGUCCGACUUGAACCUCUCAUUUUGAUUGCUGUGAUCAAAAUGGAUGUCAUGGUGACCUUUUGUUUUGUUUGUUUAGACGUGGCGUGUUUCUGUACAUUUGACACCUUUUUGUAUGUGUUUUUUUUAAUAUAUUACUAUUAUUAAUAAUGGCACGCUGGAGACAAAAUGAUGAAGCUUCGUUCCUGAAAUAAUCUCAUGGUAGAAGGUGGAGAACGACGUGGCCAAUAACCACAUUUUAGUCUUAGAGUUUAUGAAACAGGAAGUCAAGACUGUAAUCACAGUUUUAAUUAGUCAGAUUGUUUUGGGAAUGAAGCCAACAUCAUUACCUUUGGUAUCUGGACCUUUUUUUUGUUUUUAUUUGAGCAUCCCGACGAGAACAGCUGAUAUCUGAUUAUGUAUUUGAGACUGGCGGACUGUUGUAAUCAUUAAGUUAUGAUCAAAGACGAGCGCAGCUGAUGUGCCGAUACUCCUGGAACCCCCACCCCCCUCCAUCCUUAUUUAUUUCUGC